UUUUUUUUUUAUUGCGUUAGUGGGUUUUACGUUUUAUUUCUAGUGGAAACUUGAACGGAUGUGGAUUGUGUAAACCCGGGGAUGAGACGAAGAAGAAGCGGUAGCGUACAUGGUAACCGAUUUCUCCAACAGUUUCUCCUUCUCUAGAAGCAGUGAACUCCUUUGGAUACAUAUAUACUUACCGAUAAACGCGUGUUCGCGUAAGUGAAACUGUAUCGUCGCCGUGUUGAUGAUUUAGGUGGAAUUUAGCAGAUACGUCGGUGAGGAGCAUCGGAAGCGAACGGAUGGUAACCUAUUAGCUACACAGCUAAUCAUGAUUUACACUUAGAUUUAGCACGGCUUUUUUGUUUUUGUUUUGCUAAACUGUAGCUUUUGCUUCUUGUGGAAUGUUCACAAAAAAUAAUCGAAAGAAAGCUAACAUUUAAGCAACCCUUCGCUGGCGGACAAACGUGCUAACUUGAUACAGGCUGGCGUUGUAUAAUAAUAAUAAUAAUAAUAAUAAGCAGUAAAGGUAGAGUCGGGCUUGUCGAGACUCAAUUGUGGGUAUAUAGAGUCGUACAAGAACGAAUGUUUAGUGGUCGAACCUUGUUAUUAUCAUCAUGGAGAAGGAACAGCACAAUACGGUUGUCUUCAACGCGUCAAAAAGAGAGUGCUUUACCACAAACAGUGGAUACAAAUCCAUGCAGAAGCACAUUAGGACUCAAUGGAAAAUUCAAAGUAUGAAGGAAGAGCUGUCAUCAGACAAACUAAAAGGUGUCAAGUUGUGGAUAACUGCAGGGCCAAGGGAGAAGUUUACAGCAUCAGAGCUGGAAGUUCUGAAACACUACCUGGAUGAUGGAGGAACUGUCCUGGUCAUGCUUGGGGAAGGAGGAGAAAAGAAAUUUGACACAAACAUUAACUUUCUCCUGGAAGAGUUUGGAAUUAUGGUUAACAAUGAUGCCGUUUUUCGGACCCGGUACUACAAGUACUAUCAUCCUAAGGAAGCUCUUGUGUCUGAUGGUGUGUUGAACAGGGAGAUCAGCCGGGCUUCUGGCAAAUCAAUGUCUGGAAUAAGUGAAGAUGACAAUGUUGGAAAUAAUACACAGGCUCUCUCAUUUGUGUACCCAUAUGGUGCCACCCUGAAUGUGAUAAAGCCAGCUGUGGCUGUUCUUUCAACUGGCUCUAUCUGCUUCCCCCUCCACCGGCCGGUCGUGGCCUUUUAUCAAGGAAAAGAGACGGGCAAAUUGGUUGUAGUUGGUUCCUGCCACAUGUUCAGUGAUCAGUUCAUCGACAAAGAGGAGAAUAGUAAAAUCCUGGGUGUUGUGCUCCAGUGGCUCAUGACUGAUACUAUUCAGCUGAAUCAGAUUGAUGCAGAAGACCCAGAGAUCACAGAUUACACCAUGUUGCCACACAUUGGGUGUUUGUCAGAACAACUCACGCAGUACUUCCAAGAGGGUGACGAAAACCCCAGGGACUUCACUUCUCUUCUGGAUGUUUCUUUUUUCAGUCUGUCAACAGACACUUUACCCCAAGUCCUCAGUGUGUAUAAGCAUCUUAAUGUCAAAGAUGAACCACUGCAGCUGAUCGCACCACAGUUUGAGACCCCCCUGCCUCAGUUGCAACCUGCUGUCUUUCCUCCAAUCUUGAGUGAUUUGUCCCCACCAAUGCUGGACCUGUUUGAUUUAGAUGAAGCUUUCUCUUCAGAGAAAGUGCGCCUAGCACAGCUCACCAAUAAAUGUACAGAUGAUGACCUUGAGUUUUACAUCAGGAAAUGUGGUGAAAUUCUGGGCGUGACUCCCAAGUUGGACAAAGAUCAGAGGGAUGCAAAACACAUAUUGGAACACGUUUUCUUCCAACUUGCAGAGUUCAAGAAACUGAAUCAAGAGCAUGAUGUCAACACUGAGGCACGGUUCAUCCCAUCUUGACUUGCAUUAAAUAUUACUUUUAAUAUUCCAGACUUUUUGAUAAACACUACCAUUACUGUCCUGAUGUUGGCAUAUUUGUUGUCAACUGCAACAAGCACGAUUAUAAUGUUUUUGGAAGAGCUCAAUAUUUUAUAUAUAUUAAAAUGCUCACAAUGUUGUAAAUAUAUUAAGUCAUUGGUACAUUCCAUAAAUCCUGAAGAACA